AUCGUUUUGCUAUUCCGAACCUUUUAAAAUCAUUUACAUCAAUCAUUAGAAAUAUAUUAUAAUGGGUUCCUAGGCAACUAUGCCUUCUAUCUCUACUGUAGAAUCGCUGAUUCCAAAGCUUAGGAUUUUGUAUAGGAAUCCAUCUCUAAACGAAUUGAAUUACAAUCAUCAAUCUGCAAAUAAUUGUAUUAAGGAAUUUAAGAAGGUCCUAGUAACUUCUAUAAAAAAUAACUCAAUAUCAGACGAUGCUAUUGUAUCGGCAGCCGACUGUCUAUAUGAUGUGAAGGCAAUAGAUGUUGCCAUAGGUUCGAAGAUAUGCAACGUUGUGGAAUCUAGGCCUAGUAUAUAUACAAAAGCAUUAAAAGGCGGAAUCUUGUGGUCAUUUUAUCUCGCAGCUACUAACAAUUGCCGUAGGAAAAAGGUGAUCAAAUCUUCUUGUUCUUCAACGUUGGAUGCCUUCCUCGAUUAUUUGACAGAUGUACGUAAUGAAGGGAAUCAUGUGGACAAAAUAGAAUAUCACCUUCGUGAUCUGAAAAUCAUAAGUAAAUGUUAUAUUCUGCCAGUAGCUACACUUGCUAGAUUGGAACAGUCCUUAUUAGACGCACGUGAUGUAUUAUCCGAUUGCAUGAAGCAUUCUAAUUUGGUUUGUAAAUAUAUUCUUGCUUUAAUUUCAUUAAACGUGCGAAACGCAAAAGUAAUAGAAGACGCCGUUAGGUGGUUUAUUGAGGCCGCAUCGCACAACAAUGUACUGGAAACAGCGGAAAUAACUAAGGUCCUAUUGACAUUAAGUGAAUGCCAUGUUGAUGCCAAAGACGGUAGUUGCAGGGCCAUAUACUAUCUAGUGAAUGAAUUAUUAAGGCCCCCUGAGUUGCUAUUAAAAAGUCCAUCAGCUUUAUGUAAACUCUAUGUGGCUUCCUGUAGGGUAUCGGGUAGGAACAAAAAUCUAGAUAAAUCUCGAGUAUCAGAUGAUGGAGUUGAAUAUAUAGCACAAGUAUCAAAUCAGUUGCUUGUAUAUUGUUGUCGUAUCCUUGAUCGUUUCAGUGCACAGAAUCUACUGGUGUUAUAUAAUUCACUGUCACACCACGUUUUACGUGACAGGGAGAAAUCUUCCUUUUCAGUUGAAAUUCCGUCUUAUAUCAAACUUAUUGAUUCCGAAAUUAACUCAGCACUUAUGCUAGACGCAUCAAUAGAUCGUGGCAAAGUGGGAUCUACAGUUUCGUUGUAUGAUCGUUAUGAUCUUCUAACAAUAUAUCGGGCGGCGAUGAGAUUAAGCAGUUUUGGCGAACUAAAUGACUCAUCUGUUGCAAAAAUGACAGCUAGGCUGUUAAAUGAACGUUUUUCUGUUGAUAUAAACAAACCCGACAAUAAUACAUAAUAUAUAUAAACCAUAGUUAAGUAUACAAUAUCCCAUAUAA